GCGUCAGUCGCGUCGCGUACCUCGACCGCAUGAGAUUUUGUCGCUUUUUCAUGUGAUUCGACCCUUGGUUUUUUUUUAUUAUUUCAAUUCUCUCUUUCUCUCUCGUAUCAGUAUCGCAAUCAAACCGUUUUAUUAUUUUAGUUAUCGUUAAUUAUUUUAUUUUUUUUCAUUUAUUUAUAAUAAUACGUUAUUAUUAUUAUUAUUAUUAUUAUUAUUAUUAUUAUUAUUAUUAUUAUUAUUUAUGAUACGAGUGAAUGCAUUUUAUAUGGACCCGGGCUACAAGAAAUAUUGACACGGGAUUUUAUUCGACUCACUGCGGAAAUACAAUCGCAAAUAGUGCAAACACACAAGUUUUAUUUAAAUAAAUAAAAUAUAUAUGUUAUUAAUUUGAGCCAUCUAGUCUUUUUUUUAUGACUUGGUAUAAAAUAUAUUUAGUUAAAUAAAUAAAUAUAUGUAAAUAAUCAGUGAAACAGACGGUGAUUUAUAAAGCAAUAGAUCCUCCAGUGAUUGAUGUAGCCAAUGAGUGUUUUGAGUGGUAAAAAAAAAAAGUUAUUCAUAGUGCCAUCAGUGUUUUGGAGCGAAAUAAUUCAUUAUAAAUUUAAACAAUCCGUUGUAACGACGCGACUCGUGCCGCCAUGUGUGUCCGACGUUUCAGCCGCGUGUUCGUUUUCUGAUAGAACCUUGUGCGAAGAAAAAAAAAAAAGAUAUAUAUAUAUAUAAUACUAAAGGCAACAAAGCAUUUUCGGUUGUCACCCAUUGCAACAUUAACCUUUUGAGUACGAUCUCGCUUAAAUUCACGUGACACUUUUUACCGACUAUUUUAAACUAUUGACACUUGGUACCUGUCAAACUGACAGCACAAUGAAUUUAAAUAUCAAACAUUAGAUAUGAAAGUUAUGAUAUAUUUAAACUGUGAUAGUACUUCGAAAUUUUCAGUAAAAUAUAAAAAAUUAAUAAUAAUAAUAAUGUCAGAAAUUAAGAAAAGUGUUAUUGCAUGUGUGAUUUGAUAUUGGUAAAAAAAAAAAAAAAAAACUUGAAAGUGAGUAUUUUAGUGGAUUUAAAUAAUAUUUUUUAGUUGAAUAAAUAGAUAGUGUAAAUUGUGUAAUAAAUAUAAUAUGCAGUCAAACACAAUUAUAAGAGAAAUAAGUAGUACGGAAAAGUUAAUGGGAAAUAACAAUAAUUUAAAUAACAAUGGAUCACCGGGUGACAUAAUGUUUCACAUGGAAGACGAAGGAAUGACGCAGCUCGGUAGCGUCUUUCAAUCAGCUUACCAGUCCAUUGUGGGUGGUGGUCCACAGUAUGGAUCAGAUGAAUUUGGUCAGGAUUCACCCAGGUACACAUCACCAAAAGCUGCCACUCUCUACGCAGAGCCUUACUAUAUCGAUGGAAAUUCAGCGGGAACGGGUCCCGGUGAUCCAUGGAAUGGUAGCGGAGUCCAGCCACCAUACAGUGGAUACGCACCACCACACCUGACACAACCUGCCUACCCCAUGCACAUAGCCCACGACCCCAUGUCAUAUUCGGCAAUAUCACCAAACGGUGAACCAGCAGCACCAAUACUUGGAUCAACGGUGACAAGUGCGGCCUCAUUACCACCAAUGUCAACCUUUAGAGGUAGUGCAGCAGUUGCUGCAUCCGGUGGUACUGGUACACCAUCCCCUGCGUCGUUACAGUACAAUCAUAGUCCCGGAGCACCAGCACCCGCACCACCAACAGCCAAUAAUCCACCACAAAAUCAAACACCCACCGCUGAUAGUCUAGGAAAAACACUUGCAUCUGUAGUAAGCACACGAAUCUAUCCAACGGACCAAUCAGUAUCAAGUUAUAGUAGUAAUCCAUCGACACCAGUGAGUUCGCCGCCGCCAUUAACGGGUCCAGCGCCAGGAUGGGCGCCCGGUGCUACCCCAGUCUCGCCCCACUUUACCGCAGAUCCAAAUCGUGGUACCAUUCACAUGCCGGCGCCCGAACAACAGAGGCUAGACGAUGCCAUCGGCUUUCUUCGCGACCACGCCGAGUUGGUACAGGGAUCGCGGAUGGAAGAACGGCUGGAUGAUGCCAUAAAUGUACUGAGAAAUCAUGCUGAGAGUCAGCUUAGUCUUCAUUUAGGUCCUGUAGGUCCACAUGGUGGUCUUUAUUCUCAUACAUCUCCAUCACAAUUAGAUCAUCUUUCGAGUCCACAUCCUGCAGUAACGGUCGCACAACCUCAAGGAACAUAUCCAGGUCUUGCACCAACGCCUGACACUGAUGGAUCUAUUAAAAUUGAAAGGUUACCUGUUUCCAAUGCAACAGAAUACAUAUCUCUAGAAAAGAGAAAAGAUCCACCAGAUAGCAGUGGUGGUGAAACAAAAGCAUCGAGUAGUGAUAUUGGAGCUGGAGUUAUUGCUGGUGCUACUGUUAAUUCAACUUCUCAAGGAAAAGGAACUAAACGUUCGCGCAGAUAUUGUUCGAGCGCCGACGAAGACUGCGAUGAUCCUGGCACCAAAGCGGUGCGCGAAAAAGAACGUCGUCAAGCCAACAACGUUCGCGAAAGGAUACGUAUCAGAGAUAUUAAUGAGGCACUGAAAGAACUAGGUAGGAUGUGUAUGACACAUUUAAAAACAGACAAACCACAAACAAAGCUGGGGAUACUUAAUAUGGCUGUUGAAGUAAUAAUGACACUUGAACAACAAGUUAGAGAGCGAAAUUUAAACCCAAAAGCAGCUUGUUUAAAAAGGAGAGAAGAAGAGAAAGCUGAAGAUGGACCUAAAUUACCUGGGCAUCUUGCUGCUCACAUAGGUCAUCCACAUUCUCAUCCACAUCCACAUUCACAACCACCAUUUUCGACGAUGCCCGGUCCACCUCCAUCACUUCAACACAAUCAAGUACAGCCACAGUAGCAGAGGUUAAAUGACGGCAUCGUCCUCUGUUAAUUAAUGAAAAACUAAAAAAAAAAAAAAACAACUGAAAUAAACUUAAAUACAAGUGCAGUUUGUGAAAAGCCUGUGAAAGAGACUUUUAACAAAUAAAUAAAUAUCAAGACUUCAGGUAUCAAA